CUGUGAAAAUGUGUGUACGUGCUACAGGUCCUGCACACACUUCAAGUUCGCCGAAGGUUGGCUUGGAGUUACGAAAAACUGUUCCGAAUCAAGCUCAUAAAGUAAGCCGUGCAAACUGUUGAGGAGGAGGGUGUCAAACCAUAGAGCAAGAACCAGACAGUCUCAACCCGGACCGUAGUAAGCAACUUUGUAGUCAACUCUUGAUGAGAUUGUCAACCGCCGCGUGAGCAAAGACCAAACGGUCUUUACCUGGAUGGAUUGUAAUAAACGUUGUUUUUGUAAUCUCUUUGCGUGCUUGUCAAAUCAUAGAGCAAGGACUAGACCUAUAUUAUACCCGGACGUAGUAAGCUACUUUUUAGUCAACUCUUGACAAGAUUGUCAAACCACAUGAGCAAGGGAUCAGACAGUCUUUACCCAGAUGCAGUGAUCUACUUUUAAGUUUACUCUUUAUACGAAGAAUGAUUCUCUGAUUUCUGGAAUAGUUUCUAAGCUGGCAUGUAUUGAUCGCCUGAAGAUCUCGAAAGUGUGUCUAAUCUUGUGUAUGUAAUCGUGAUCUUAAAAUGACCUCCCAUAUUCUGUCCUCGUCCGAGGAGGUCGCAGAUUUCGUAGUGAUCGAUGACGUCUCCGCGUUCCAGCGUAGAUGUCUCCUCGCUGCGGUGGGCCUCGGUUCGCUCAUCAUGGGGUGUGCCGUCACCACCGAUGACUUCACCCAGUGCGUCAAGAAACCCACCGCCCUUUGGGUGACCAUGUCCGUGGUGGUGUUCUUCGCUCCCCUGACGGCCUAUAUUUUGACGGUGUCCAUGCAGCUCCACUCUACGAACGGGAUCGCCCUGUUGAUCACGGCGUGUGGCCCGUCGGACAUCCUCUCUGCAGUGUUUGCCUAUUACACCAACUCGGAUGUAUGUUUGUGCCUUACGGUUUUUAUGCUGUCGACCACCAUGGCCGUGGGUUUUAUACCGUGUGGGGUCCUCUUCUGCUCGUCCUCUUUUCCCACCCUCAGUCUGGCCGAGAUACCAUACGAUACCAUCGUUAUCAUUCUCCUGGAGGGUGUGGCCGGCCUCGGUGUUGGAAUGGCCUUCAGAAAGUUCAAGGAACACUGGGCUGAUAACUUCGUUAAGGUUUUCAGCUGGACUCCACUGGUUCCCGUCAUCACAAUGAUUGUGAUGAACGGCAUACUGGUCCCUCACUCUCUCCAUGCUUCACUUGAUGAGAUAACUGCCGUUACCAUAUACCUUCUCGUGGUACUCGUCGGAACGUAUAUUCUCGGGUUACUGACCGGACAGGGGCAAAAGACAUGCCGUGCGAUGGCGUUUUGCGCGGGCAACAAAAGUUCCAUCGUCGUACUCACAAUUAUCUACGACUCGUACUCGGGGCACGUUCUCGUUGAGGCUCUGCCCGGACCAACAUUUCUUUUAAUUGUCUUCAUCGGACUCGGAUGUUUAUUAUCAAUUGCUUAUCAGAUGUUCAAUUAUUUGAAGAACUCGAGUUUAAUUAACUUGAUUGAAAAAGAAGUUGGUGCGGAGAAUGAAUGAGGCAAAUGUCGAAAAACUCGACAGCUCGUUUUUUUUGUGAGACCAACCGAUGUUGCACCUUACGGUUUUAAGGUGCUGAAAUUGAAUGCAACCGUCACUCUUUCUUUUGGUAUGUACUAUUUGAGACGGGUUGUCUAUUGGAUUGUAUCGGUAGACAUAGUUGUACGGUAUUUAAAGUGUAAAUGUUUGUUUUUAUAUUUUAAGCCAAUAGAGGGCAGUAUUCGAGAGUGACAGUCAGAGCUGUGGUCACAGUAGUAAGGGCUGUUUUGAGCAUGAGUUCUAUAACAAACCUCUAUGCUUAUGGAGAGAGUUGCGACAUUUUGCGAUGAGAGGCCAUUUUUGUUCCAAAAACGCAUGGGGAAGGGUGAUGCGGCCAAGGGGAGAUAAAGGUCAAAAGUAGAGGCCCCAAAAUGGAUCCUUGCGGCACACAAAAGCACACCAUUUGAGUGUGCGAAACAAUGAUUCGAGAAGCUAACAAUCUUAUUUUAGGUCAAGCUCGAAUCAAGUGACUUCGGCUACGGCUAUGAGCGUUGGCUAAACUGUUGAAGAACUUUACGUUUUUAAUUGUGAAGCCGUAGCCUCUUUCAAGCCAUCAUCCUUUCGGACACUGACUUUGCCUCAUUGGUACUGGUCAGAUUGGCUGAGAACCCUAGACCAUUGAUUCAAACAUGAAUAUCUAGACACAUUGACUAAAGAAGCUAUGAUUUAGCACCGCCAUAAUCACAAAAAUCGCGUGUGACCCAUCAACCCACCCCGAAACAGAAAUGAGGGAGCCUCCGGACUCAGACCAACUUUGCCAGUACCUCCAGGUCGUAGCGUGCAGGGUCCAAUUUCAUAGAGCUGCUAAGCACACAAAUUUGCUUAGCUUGGCAUGAAAUUUUUGCCGUGAUAAUAAAAGGAUUACCAACCACAUGUAAACGUGAUUUUCAGGAUAAGCGAACAACAUGUCAGCUGAAUACCGGUCAAUAUUUGGUUGGUAAUCCUGGGGGGGUUUUUUCUCAAGGAAGAAAUUUCAAGCUAAGCAAAUUUUCGUGCUUAGCAGCUCUAUGAAAUUUGGGCCUAGUGCGUUGACUCUGUCUUAGUUUUUGGGAAAUCCCUUUAAAAUCCUCUCUUGGAAGAUGCAGUAAACACCAAUAGCUUCUGAGCCCCCCGGCCCCUUACCAUCACUGUCAUUGCUCACACACCGGGGUCGUCCCCAUUGUUGGUUCCAUUGUUGCUUUUUCUAAAGGAUUCCCUUAGUCAUCAGGGUAAAUAAUUCAUAUAGAAAGGAAACCUUGUUGCUAAUGUAGUUCAAAUCAUGACCUCUCAGUAUGAUAUCGCGCACCAAAUGCAAAAUUGUAUCAGGCAUGUUAAUGGCACAAGAUGGACACCUUUGGUAAUUAUUCAAAAUACUUUUUC